AGCUUCAGAGCUGCUUCUUCUCACCUCGCGACGUCCUGCCCUCCGUGUGUUCGCUCGUUUCUUCACUUCAUUCCCUCGACAGGACGAGAAACAGUGUCACAAUGAAGAGCACGGCCACCCAGUUACUGAGUACACUCGGCUUGAUCCUCCUGAUUCUUCCCACAUCUGCUGACAAUACAGUACAAACAAGUCACCAUUCCUCUACCUCCAACCCAACCGGUGCCAACAAUUCAACAACCACACCUGCAGGACCUCUCACAAAACCAAAUGGUGCCAACAAUUCAACAACUAACCCUGCAGGACCUCUCACAAAACCAAAUGGUGCCAACAAUUCAACAACCACACCUGCAGGACCUCUCACAAAACCAAAUGGUGCCAACGAUUCAACAACCAACCCUGCAGGACCUCUCACAAAACCAAAUGGAACUGUAACAGAUGUCGACAAAAGUGUAACACUACCUAGCAUGAGCUACAUCACAACCCCAAUGAGCAAAAAUGUCCCAGGACAGGGACAAAACAGGUCCUCGCCUUUUAUCUCAACCACGGCAGCACCCAAGUCUUCGCUGAACUCCAAUUCCACCACCAAAAACCCUGAGGAGAAAGGCCCCAAAGUAAUACUCGUGGCCAUUUUGGUGUGCAUCAUCGUGAUUGCCCUGCUGGUGUACUUCAUCCACACUAUGAUCGGAAACAGGGAGUCGAGCCAGGACUGCUGUGCCACCAGGCUCCUGUUGGGCUUGAGGGAAUGGAUGACAGCUAUGAUCACAGCGCUUGAGGACUGCCUGGGCUUCCACCUCUGGUCAGGGCUGAAGAACGACGAGGAGGACGGGGAGGAGGAGGAGGAGGAAGAGAGGGGAGCGAAGAGCAGAGACACCGAGACCGCGGCGGAAGGAGAGCGUAGAGGUUCGCAAGACAGUGACUUCUCAGAUUAUUCUGGUCUGGAGGGGAUGAACUUGAGAGACAGAGUGAAGAACAGAGAGGAGGAGGAGGAGGAGGAGGAGGAGGAGGGCGGUCAGAAGGAGAAAGAAGAGGAGAAAAGCAAGAGUGCCCGAGAGAGAGGCCAAGGUUGUGAGACGAAAAACAAGGAGGAGGUAGACUUGUGCGAUAUCACAGUGUUGUAGAGGAAAAAGAAGUGGUGGCCAAAUGUGGGAAUGGAGAGAUCAUUUAAAACGGAGACGUCAAAUUUGAAUUUAAGGCGGAAUUGAGAAGAAUUUAAAGGUGCAUUCUGUAACAUCCGUACUAUCCCGACUGGCGAUAUGCAGCAGUGGCGGCUGAACGGUGCCAGCUGAAACAGACUCGUGGCCCAACCCCGUUCCCGAACCUGAGUGUUUAAGAAAACACAAGAGCCAAGCUGAAUUUGUAGUUGCUGUUCACGUUGCUUCGUUACAGAGGCCGGCGUGUAGGCGGAUAUUACACACUGCACCUUUACCCCCAAGAUUUACAUGCAUCCAAGUGUGCUUCACAAUACCUUCUAUCAAAGGAACUGUGAAAACCUCCACCUACCCAACCACAUCUAUUGAGUACCGUGUGGGUGCACCGAAGUACCAACUGCAAAACUAAGCACCAGGCAUCCCGAGUCACAUCUGUGAGGCAGGUUUUGGCCCACUGACGGGUUAUGGGGGUAGAAAGGGUCCAUAAGAGCAGAAACAAUCCCAGCUAGACUGCUGGCAGGUAU